AGCAGCGCCGGGCCCCGCCUGCCCUUGGUUUCCAUGGCAGCGGGGCGCCGCGGGCCCGGGCAGCGGCUGCCGGCGGGCCUGAGGGAUCUCCCACAGCGGGGCCUGUGAGGAUGGAGGACGAGGAGCUGGAGGAGGAGGAGUACACCCCUCAGGAAGAGGGGAAGGAGUACACCCCUCAAGAAGAGGAGGAGGAGGAGGCGCUGCCGAAGCAAGAGGAGGAAGAAGAGGUGCCGACCCCGGACCUGUGUCCCCUGACAGAAGAGGUCCUGAAGGAGGGCCUGUCCCUCCUCUCCAAGACUGGCAAUGGCCUGGCCCACGCCUAUGUGAAAUUUGAAGCCAAAAGCAAGGACUUGACAGACAUCAGCCUCCUCAAAUGCUUCAUUCAUCUGCGGUAUGUGGAUUUGUCAGACAACAAGCUGCAAGAUUUGUCUCCAUUGAACAGCCUAACCCACCUGCUUUGGCUGAAGGUGGAUGGGAAUCUGCUUACCAGUGCCUGCAUGCAGGAGCUGCCCUACCUCCAGGUCAUCAGCUUUGCUCACAACCACAUCAAGGCUAUAGAGGGCAUUACUCACCCCCGCUUAGUCAACCUCAGCCUGAAAGGAAAUAAAAUCCAGACAGCGCUGGGCCUGGGUCACGGCCAGUUGUUCAGCCUGCAAAUCCUGGAGCUGCGAGGAAACAAGCUAGAGAGCACAGCAGGGUUCAAUCUUCCCAAACUCAAGAGCCUCUACCUGGCCCAGAACACCAUUCAAAAACUUGAAGGCCUUGAGGGGCUGGAACAGCUGACAACUCUGCACCUGCGUGACAACAAGCUCGAGACCCUGGAUGGAUUCUGUAGUAGCAUGAAGUGCCUGCAGUACCUCAAUCUAAGAAACAAUGGGAUCAGUAACCUUCAGGAGGUGGAAAAACUUCAGGUCCUCCCCAUGCUGCAGGCACUGGUACUGUUGGAUAAUCCAUGUUCUGAUGAGUCUAGUUACCGGCUGGAGGUCCUGGUUCUGCUGCCACACCUGCAACGCCUUGACAAGGAAUUAGUUGAGGAAGAUGAGCGGGCAGAUGCGAACGAAAUCCGUCAGAAAAGGCGGGAAGAAGAAAAGGAAACUGAAUGAUCUCUUCAGAGUAAUGUGGCAGGAUGACCCCUGUCUCUAACACCUGUUCCCAGAGCCAUUCAAGAUUUGAAGAUGCCCUCCCCGACACGUGCAGCUGGGAAAGUGAGAUCUGUAUGUACCGGAGCUACCUUCAUCUCCUUUUGCCCAUGAAAAAAUGAGGAGGGAUACCCACCCUGAUCAUGUAAGCUGCCUUGGGGUACUGCAGUGUUUCUGCAGUCACCGCACUCAUAUGCUCUAUUCUCAGUAGGGCCAAGAGGGAAAAGGGGAAAGGGGAGAGUUACAGGUUCUGUGGUUCAACUUAUGGCUCCCAAAAAUCCUACAAGAUUUUCUGAUUAGAAUAAAAAUAAUUAAUGAGCCUAGA